UCAAAACAAUUCAUUUUUCCGCCACCCCUCACUAUCACGUUGCACCCGAAAAGUCCGCUGCGCCUCUUUACAUUUUUUUAAAAUCACUUGUUCGCAACGUAGGUAUGGCUAGCUCCACCACGAAUAUCAUCUUGCUCUUUGUCAUCUUCGUGGGCCUCGUUGUGUUCAUCAUCCUUUAUAGGAAGUUGAACAGGGAGACCAACGGGGAAUACACCUUCCGGCGUGUCGUCUAUAAGCAAGGGGGGCUCCGGGACCGAGCGAGAAGGGCGACGGCUGUCCUGGAGACCUGCCUAAGAGUCCAACUGUGGCCCUGCGGCGAUUCCAACGAGGGCGGGGAAGAAAUGCGGGACUUUCAGGAGGAGCCGAGAGGAAAUGAGGAGCGGAGGAGGAGUAGUAGAUGUAGCAGCGGGAGCCAGGCCAGUGACAGUGAAGAUGGCAGUCCACAGGGGUCGGGGGUCGAGGCAAGGAGGGAGAGUGAGACCGAAGAGGAAUCACGGGGGCCUGAUGUGUUUGUCAAUUUAAAUCAGCUCUCUGGGAGUGUCAUGUGGUUUGAGGAGGAUGCCAAACAGACAACACUAGAGCCUCAGAGAGAUACUAGUUUGUAGUUUGAAAAAUGCCAUCUUCAAUAAACGCCUCCGCCACAUGUCUACAUGAGCUCCAGACGUUGAAGGUUUCUCCAGGAGAACCCAUGAAGCGUAUACACCAUAUUUACUCAGUUAACGCCCUCACAUUGAGUGAUUGAUGGGUACACUUGAAUAAAUAAACGCCAAUGUGCUUCAAUAAAAAUGCAAUGACGCCAAUCACUUCAUAUGGGGAUGUAGCUCAGUGGUAGAGCGCAUGCUUCGCAUGUAUGAGGU